AUGGCCAAAGUUACAUCUUCUGCCGUUUGGUGUGGCUGCCUAUUAGUGUUGCUCCCGGUGUACCAUGUCGCGGCUGCAGGCAAAUCGGAUACCAAACCAGAAGAAAGCCUAUUCGAGCAGGAUCUGGGCGAUCAGUUCAAGAUCGACGCAUCGACGCAGGGUGUGCAGAAGGUGAACCUGCGAUGCGGCGCCGAUUCGAUGCGCAUCGAGCUCAAGACGGAGGAGGACUUCCAGGGCGUGAUGUAUACGCGGGGCAGCUACUACAAGCAGACGAAACCGUGCUUCGUUAAACCGGAGCGGGCGGCCCGAACGCUCGAGAUGAAGUUCAACCUCGACCAGUGCCAAACGGUCAACACCGGGGAGGUGUAUUCGAACAUCGUGGUCGUCCAGCACGAUCCAGACAUCGUGACGCCCGGAGACGCAGCGUUCGCCGUCGAGUGUGACUUCCGGAAGCCACGAGGCGUUACCGUGAGCUCCGAGAUUCAGGCUCGCGAUAGUGACAGUGACGGACCCGCGUCGCGCAUUACACUCACCAGUCCGGAUCCGUCGGUUAACACACAGCCCCCGACCGAGUACAACUCGGUGCACAGCGAAUCGGGCACGGUGACGUUUGUGCCGAGUCGCUUCCGGAACGGCACGACGAUGCCGGAGCAGCGUGUCCGGGGCACGGUUGAAACGGUCGAAAUUCCACACUCCACACCGCAGCUUCGCGAGGAGCUGUGA